AUGCUCGUGUUGCACAAGCUCAUCGUCGCCGUCGUGCUCAUUUUCGCGCUCUGCGCUUGUGCUCCAUUAUCGGACACCGUCAAUGUGAGCGGCUCGUUCCGAGUUCUCGGCGAGAACGAACAGGUCUUGACGAAUCAACAAUUCCAGGAGAUCGAGCACCCGUUUUUCCAAUUGGAAUCCGUGAAAUUGGCGCGCGCAAUAUUGGAGAAGCAGUACGCGGAGGAGAAGCGCCGAAAAGCUCAGCAACGCCAACUCCAAUAG